UUGGAACUGUGACGCCUAAGAUGAUAUACGCCGGCAUCGGCGACUCGUCCAACUGCCAGUGCCAGCCUUUCUACUAGUUCUUGACAGUCCUUACCCGCUGUCAGACCGAUCAGCACUUGCCGGCUGUCGCUAUUGUAGAUGGCCGAACGAACAUCGAUACACAUAGUCUUGGAAGCCCUGGAUCCAUCCAGAGGGAAAUUUCAUUGGUCACUUACCCUCUUCUCCUCCCACCGACCACCCAACUGGUCAUGUGUCGAUCUCUUCCAGAUCGUGGAUACCGUCGCGACCACCUCGAUCUCGGAUGUCUCCAGUACUAGUAGCGCGAAGAGCCUACACUCCAACAGUCUGUCUCUGCCACACAGUGUGACUGUCAAACGCACAUGGCACCUCGCACAUCGGAGAACUGUCGACCUCUUGUCACCUUCUCGCCCGCAAGCCUGCGUUGGAGCCGUGCGUCUCCCAGACGCGGAUCUUCCGUACAACGACCUGAAGGAGUUCAUCGAGGAGCAGGAAGCGGAGCAGGGCGACACCGAGACUAUGAGGGGCGUGCCAUGGAGUUGCGCGCAGUGGCUGAUGCGCGUCCUCGCACGCCUGAUGGAGUCGGGAUUGUAUGAGCUCGAUAUGAAUCAUUUUUAUCCAAAGAUACAGAGGCUGGGGAUCGAACUAGAUAGGUUACGUUUGGCAGAUCCCAACGAGGUUCACGUUCUUGAUUUUGCAUGAAUCGGUCAUCGCUCAGGCUGUGUUAUUCACCGUCACUCGCAUGUGUAUAGUAGUGUAUUUAAUGGUUUGUAACCGGAACGGAUAAACAUGGCUCGAA